CAGGUAGACAUGGGCAUGGCGAGGCGAAACACAGCGCGGUGCAGUGUAUUCUUGUGUGUUUCGUGUAUACUACUGUUCUUGCAAAAGUGCGAAGUGGCGAAUGGAGUGUUAGAGCGAUAUCAAAAAAUGUAUUUUCCGCUAGGCUCGAGUGCGGUAUCGCGCACCGCGUUCGUCAAGUCUCACGCUUGAGCGGGCCAGUCGCCGGUCUGCCGGUUAUCCAGGGAAUCUCGGACGAUCAUACGUAUCACGAGAUAGAGCCCUUGAUAUCUGUAACCACCGAUCAUAGAUUAAAAGUAGACUUGACGAUACCACCAAAAUUAUUGGAUCUCACCGACCGAAUUUCGCGUUUGCAACGUGACGAGGUCAUCCGUUUUCCAUCAAUUGUAUUUAUAGUGAAUGCGCUCUGCUCAUCUGUAUACGACUCUGUUCGAGAAAUGUGUGCCCUAUCUACUGACUGACGACGUGUCCUAAUCGUAUUGCUUUUAUUUCAUCUAUUGAUGCAAACCAUCAAGAUUUUGACGUCCCCCAAGGUCAAACUGGUAGAGAAGAAGAGGGUAUUAUGGUUCGGCUACCCUCAUUUUCUUCGUUAUUAGCUAAUCAUUUACCUGUUAAUGGGUGGUGGACGUCGAUCUUCCUAGUUAAAAUCGUUACAAUUGAAACAAAAAUUAUAAGAAAAGAAAUUCAAAAUGGAAUCAGCUGUAGCUGGACGAAGGCGUACUUCUACACGACAUUCUGCGGAAGAUCAAGCGCUUGAUCAAAUAGCUAAGGAGGCAGAAGCAAGAUUGGCUGCUAGGCGACAAGCAAGAGCAGAAGCCAGGGAAAUACGAAUGCGUGAAUUAGAGAGACAACAGAAAGAGGCAGAAGAGAAUGCCGAUAGGGUUUAUGACAUAUGCGCAGCUGAUGUAAACAGAACUAUGAGAGUAACUCCAGAUCCAGUACGUACAUCACGACUUCUUACAAAUUCCAAUAAUUUCCAGUCAAGUCGUAGAUCUUCAGAAGAUUCGUUAGAAGAUGCAGGAUUAAGUAGAGAUAUUAGGAUGGAAUUAAAGGAAUUUGAAGAAAAAUUCCGGAAGGCAAUGAUAGCUAAUGCUCAGCUAGAUAAUGAAAAAUCAUCUUAUGCUUAUCAAGUUGAUUUAUUAAAAGAUAAAUUAGAAGAAUUAGAGGAAACUACUGCGCAAUUACGUAGAGAAUUGAGAGAGAAAAAUCGAGAUGUUGAACAGUUAAAACGAGUUAGUCAAAGACUAAAUGAAGAUUUAGAUAUUUGCAGAGCACAGUUAGUAGAAAGAGAUACACUUAUACAAGAAAACGGUUUAGUCAUUGUUGACAAUAAAGAAAGUGAAGAUGAAGACAACGAAAAUAUUGAAAAUGGAUUAUGUCAUAAAAAGAGAGUACUAAUCAGUACAGAAGCUGCAGAAUUAUUAGAGACGGCUGGUAAAGGCUCACUAGAUAUUCGGUUGAGAAAGUUUGCUUCUGAAAAAAAGGAUUUGCAAGAUGAAAUUCGCCACUUAAAAUUGGAAUUAGAAGAAACUAGGAAUCGUAUGAGACCCGAAAAAUCUGGUUCAAUAUUAGGUUGUUUAUCGGAUAAUGAAGAUAUUCAACGUGAAGCAAACAAAUUGUUGGCUGAUUAUAAAUUUAAAUUACAAAAAGCGGAGCAAGAUAUGUCUACAUUGCAGGCAACAGUAGCUAGAUUAGAAAGUCAAGUAAUUCGUUAUAAAUCAGCUGCAGAAGCAUCUGAAAAGGCAGAAGAUGAGCUAAAAGUAGAAAAAAGAAAGUUACAAAGAGAAGUAAGAGAAACACAAAGUCGUGUAGAGGAAUUGGAGACAGCAAAUUCUCAUUUACAAAGGAGAUUGGAUAAACUUAAAAACGCUAAAUCAGCUCUUUUAAAAGAGCUCUAACAAAUUGAUGUUUGCAAAGAUGAACAAUAAGUCUGUUACUUAUACUCUAAACAAAUCGUGAUCCGAUGUUGCCUCCAUAUUAAUAUUUUGAACAUUUAACAUUUUGAAUAUAAUUUACAAAGGCAAAGAUUACGUAUUACCGUUGUAACAUUUCACACUGUAGCGAAUAUCAUCCAAACAUAAAACCACAAAAUUUGCUGUGGAAAAAAAUCCCUACCUCUUUACAUGUGCUAAGUCUUUGAUACUAACUUAUUCUCGCAUUAUUCUUUAAUGGAAUAAUAAGACACUUUUUAAUAUUACGUUAAUUUUUCUAUACAUUUAUAAGCAGUUAUAAAAAUUCAAAACUUGAUACUUUGAUGUAAGUAGCAAGUAAUAAAGUGUAUUCGUUUUUGCCUUGUUGCAAUAAGUCUGUGAAAAUUAUUUUAAAUUACUAAUAUAUUAUUUUAAAAGCACAAAAUAUAUUUAUAUAUUUGAUAAACAUAAUAUGAACAGCGAAUAUUUUUUGCCAUAUUAAAUUUAAUAGAUUAGAAUUUUAUUUUCUUCCUUUACCUAUCAUUGUUAAGGGGAUGCUAAAGUCGUCUUUUUUUACCGACCGAAUAUUAAUUUUUGGGCAAACCGUUUUUCUAAAUUGCAUUUACAGAUUUAAAAAUAUUUUUCCACAAUUAAAGUAAAGACAAUAAGUAUAAUGGACGCUGUAUAAGAAUAAGGAAAACAAAAAAAUUGAAAAUAAUUUUCCAAUUUUUUUCGUUUUCUUUAUCUUUAUAUAGCGUCCGUUAUACAUUACUGUUUAUACUUUAAUUGUGAAAAAGGAUUUUUAAAUCUGUAAAUGCAAUUAGAAGAACGGCUAGUCUGAAAAUUAACAUUCGGUCAGUAAAAAAAAAACUUGAGCAUCACCUUAAA